GUGCCCUGAGAGUUGUCAAGGUUUUGGUUGUGGAGUAUCCGAGAGGGGAACAAGGGCGGCUACGCUUGUACAAUGCCGAAUAAAACGAAAAAGGACAAGGAGUCUGUUAAGUCUGGCAAAAUGGCAAAGAGUGGAGGACAGGAGAAUUCAGAGCAUGAGCAGAGCUCGAACAGGAAGGCCAGCAAUAGUGCUCCUCCCACCACCCAGCUGCUAAAGGGGAAGCAGCCAGGUUCACAGACACCUGUCAAAAAAGACAAGAGGCAGAGUUCCUCUCGCUUCAGCUUGAGCAACAACAGGGAGCUGCAGAAACUGCCUGCUUUUAAAGACGUUCCCCCUGCAGAGCAGGAGAAGCUGUUCAUCCAGAAGUUGCGCCAGUGCUGCGUUCUCUUCGAUUUUGUCUCGGACCCACUGAGCGACUUGAAAUGGAAGGAGGUGAAACGAGCAGCGCUGAGCGAGAUGGUGGAGUACAUCACCCACAACAGGAACGUUAUUACCGAGCCCAUCUACCCAGAGGUGGUCCACAUGUUUGCUGUGAAUAUGUUCAGAACAUUGCCACCAUCAUCCAACCCCACCGGUGCAGAGUUUGACCCAGAGGAAGAUGAGCCCACGCUAGAGGCUGCAUGGCCACAUCUACAGCUCGUCUAUGAAUUCUUCCUACGGUUCUUAGAGUCUCCAGACUUUCAACCAAACAUAGCCAAAAAAUAUAUUGACCAGAAGUUUGUAAUGCAGCUCUUAGAACUGUUUGACAGUGAAGACCCCAGGGAAAGAGAUUUUUUAAAGACCACUCUGCAUCGCAUCUACGGCAAGUUCCUGGGCCUGCGAGCGUACAUUAGGAAACAGAUUAAUAACAUUUUUUAUAGGUUCAUCUAUGAGACUGAACAUCAUAACGGAAUAGCAGAAUUACUGGAAAUACUAGGCAGCAUAAUCAAUGGAUUUGCGUUACCGUUGAAAGAAGAGCACAAGAUAUUCCUGCUAAAAGUCCUGCUGCCUUUACACAAAGUCAAGUCUCUUAGUGUUUAUCACCCACAGCUGGCCUACUGUGUGGUACAGUUCUUAGAGAAGGAUAGCACUCUCACAGAACCAACAGUCAUGGCUUUGUUAAAAUAUUGGCCAAAGACCCACAGUCCAAAAGAGGUGAUGUUCCUCAACGAGCUGGAGGAGAUUCUGGACGUCAUCGAGCCUUCAGAGUUUGUCAAAGUCAUGGAGCCGCUGUUCAGGCAGCUGGCCAAGUGUGUGUCGAGCCCGCACUUUCAGGUGGCAGAGCGGGCUCUCUACUACUGGAACAAUGAGUACAUCAUGAGCCUGAUCAGUGACAACGCUGCCAAGAUCCUGCCCAUCAUGUUCCCGUCGCUUUACCGCAACUCCAAGACCCACUGGAACAAGACGAUCCACGGGUUGAUCUACAACGCCCUGAAACUCUUUAUGGAAAUGAACCAGAAGCUGUUUGAUGACUGCACUCAGCAGUUCAGGGCAGAGAAGAGCAAAGAGAAAGCCAAAUGGAAAGAGAGGGAAGAGGCCUGGCUCAAGAUUGAGAAUCUAGCAAAGUCAAACCCACAGUUUCUGAUGUACGUUGACUCGAUAGGAUCAGGCAGUCCGAUGGACUUGGACACGGACGGGCUGCUGCUAGACGACGUCAACAUGCUGAAGAAAACCGUAGAGGAGGAAGCCACACAGAUCCUAAAAGAUCAGCGCCGAGAACGCCCGCUGAUGAGGAGGAAAUCGGAGCUGCCCAAAGAUAUCUCCACUGUCACGGCCUUGGAGUUGCACCGAAGAGCCGAGGAAAUGUUGACGACGCACGACGGCCACUAAGAGACCACGCCAGAUCCACCGUAAACCAGCAGCAUCCACAGAGGAACCACAGGCCCGCCGCGGCCCAGCACAACAACGAACUCUGCUAUCUCAGUCCAGCCCAGCACAACACAGAACUGAACAGUCCCAGCUCCACCUGACACAGAUAAUGUCGACACAUCUGAAGCCUGGUUUUGGCUUUUCUGGGGAGAAGCGGUGCUCGGUCCUCACCCGCCUCCCUCCAACCUUCUUCCCACCUGGUUCUGGUUCAGCAGACGUCGGCGGCGCUGGACGGUCCUGCAUGACCACGACAUGCACCGUUUCCUGAACUUCACCAGAGAUACUGUAUUGUCGUUUUCUCCUUUUUCCACUCUAGUUUUUCCUCUUCUGUCCUCUCAGUUUGUGUUUUCGGGCGCUCUGCUGCCCCCUUCUGCUCAUUUUUCUCAGGUGUUCUGUGUGUGAGCUGUCGUCUCAUCUUGUCUCUUCUUUAUAGAUGUCAGGUGCUUGUACAAACAAUAUGAGCUCCACUACUCCACAGAGUACUCCUUUGGUUUAACUGAAAAAAAAAGCAUCAGUUGGUGAGACGAUUCCACUUGUUUCUAUAUAUUUAAUAUUUUUCUCAUGACGUUGAAACUAGACAGCUGUUUAUAUUUUUCCCUGUAUAGUAUAUUAGGAGGUCUUCUCAGAGUAAAAAAAAAAUGCUUCCUAUAUGUGUAACUGUUCUGUUGCUUGCUAUUAUUUCACUUUCCGUUAGCUGUGAAGGUUCAGUGAUACAGAAUUACCGGAAAAGAUUAUUAAAUGUAGAGCCCGACUGAUACUGGACUGUUGACACAGAAUUAAAAAAAAAAAAAAGAUUUUUGAUAUUGAUACAUCAGCUGAUAUUCUUUAUAUAUAUAUUAAUAUAUAUACACAUUAAGUAUGUGAAAUUAUAUUUAAAAAGAUGGAAUAAUCGUAGUGUUUUUCACAAUGUUCCGUGAAGACACUGCUUGACUCCGCACCACCAUCUGCUCAGCUACAUGUGCUGCAGACAGUGCUUAGAGGACUGAUAACAUUGGAUUCAUAGCUGCUCUGCUGGACAAAUUACACCUACGUAUGCGUAACAUAUUUUUUUGCACAUUUUGAAGUAGUAACAUGAGAAGAAGUUAAUCAAAACUGCAGCGUUCAACAAAAAUAACUCCAAUUGACGUGUUUUUUGAAGAAAAAGAGCUUUGUAAGAGAUGGAAACACCUUUUUUCAGUUAAGUUUUGACUUCUUUCAUGUCUUUAUAGCACGAAAUAUGGCCAAUACCAGCUGCCAUGAAAGAAUAAUUCAAACUUUUAUUGUUUUUAUUUGUUUCUUCUUGUUUCCAGCUUCUUUUACUCUGUUUCUUAUAGUCAUGCAGCCGAUAGUGCCACCUUCUGGUGACACUAUGCUACCUAGUUUUUACAAAAACAGUCCAUGAAAACUAACCAAAUUCACAUUUUGUUAUCUCAACAUUUAUUGCGUUUGAUUCAAAUGUGUUUGAUUAUUUUCUGAGAAUAUUUCUAAAUUAUCUCGAGCAUCUUUUUCUGCAUUAUGCUGUGUUUCUAUAUCCAUCUGCGACAAACCAGUAUCGGUUGGGCUUUAAUUAAAAGCAUCAUACGACAGUUCUGUUCGUCAGACAGAGCUGGCCUGACUGUGGAACCUGGACCUCAGAUUUUCCAUCCUGUGAAGCCGAGUUUGGUGCCAACUUCUCUCAUUCAUUUAGCUCCUUUCUUCAAAGAAAAAAAAAACAACAAAAGAAGCUUUCAAAUUGUGUAGGCAAUAAGUCAGCACAGGUCCUGCUGAGUGUCUGUUCAGAUCCAUUCUUCGUUCCCUGGAACAGUCGAGGCCCGGUUUUGCUGCGCAGGGUUACAUGACAGGGGGAUUGUGGGAUUUAUUUUUAGUUGCCCCUUCACAUCCAGCCAUGCUGGGGAGUGUUUAUCGUGGUCAUUAGCAUUCAGUACAAAUCGCUGCCAUUCAUGUGAGGCUUAUGAGAGGUUAGAGAGAUGCCUGGGAUUUACCCGAUGUUGCUGUGCAUCAGCAGGAGUUCAAUCGGGGGCCGAUCGAUUCUUUUCUACUCUUCUUGAGCAAGCGAGACCCUUUUAAUUUAUGAAACACUUGGUAGAGAUGCUUCAUAGAGGAGGUGUGUUUGGUUUGAACAGGUCAAACAUAAGCCUUUCUUUUCACAGUGCCUUUUGUAGUCUAAAUGGAAUGUUUGCUCAGCUAAGAAUCGAGUAGUAGCAUGAAAGAAAACGCCAGAUAAUUAAAAAAAAACAAAGGUCAGGUGCAGCAGCUUGGACUCCAGCACAUGCCUUGUUGUGGAUAAAGAGCCGAGGCAGCGUGGUCGCCCCAAACCACUUCAGCAAAGAAGCACUUCCUGAUAAAACUUGAAAGAAAAAUAGAAACACAACUAAAAAAAAAAACCCAACAAACUAGUAAAAAGAAUUGAAAUCCGUGAUGCUGUCUGUCUUGGUGUGUGUGUCGGUGGAGGGUUUCUCCUCCCCGCGGUGCCUCCAACACGAGAGGAAUUCGCCUCCUCAUUUUACAUUCUGGGCCCCCCGCUGUCCCAUUCCAGUUUUUUUUGGUCUCUUUUUUUCUGAUUUGUACCAUUUUGUUUGACCCCUCCUGCCCCAAAACCUGCACACUUGCUUCGGUUAAAGGUGGAGUCUGCGAUUCAAGUCCAAAACUCGGUGAAUAUCUCCUCACUUUUCUCUGUAAAAGCUUAGAAAUCUCUGGAAAUGGAGAAACAGUCUUGUGCACAUUUAGGCUCCUUUGUGUUUUGUUUAAAUUGCAGACUCCACCUUCCGUUACACCCUCCCACCCGGCAGGGCUCGUUCCUCGGUUUCCACCCAUUCGAUCUGUUUCUGGAUGCUUGCAAACUUCUUUUCGUUGUGGUUUUGAUUCUUCCUUCUGCCUGCAAAACCUCUUUCGUCAGUGUUUCAACUGAAUGUGCAAAUUGUAAAUAUUACUGCAGUCAUGUUGUUCUGUUUCUCUCCAUGUUUGUCUUGAAGAACAACAGUCACCAAAGGCUUUUUUUGUUGUUAUUGUUGUUUUAACCAAACGCUCUGGUUAUUAUUUGAUGAAAGGAAGAGCGAUUCCAUCCACUGAGUGAUCUGCAGCCUCUCGGUGGUGACUAUUGUUCUUCUCCAAAUGGCUUUAAUAUUGGCUUCGUUGGAGCUCUCUGCUUCGUUUUACAUAAGCUUUGUUUGCUUUUUCUUUCAAAAAAAAAGAAUUACUAUUGCAAGUGUCCUUUAGUAUACGUCUCAUACUAAAUGGCUUCAUCUAAUAUUGUACAUAUAAUGUACUUUUUGUGUUAUAACUAUUAUUAAAUGGUAGAUUUCAUAUUUUGUACAAACUACCCUGUGUACAGCAUACAGAGGUUAUUAGCAGCUGCAGCAGACGGUUGUAUGUUGCACACAGUUCAGCACACGGAACUUAUUUACAUUUAGAAACUGUAUAGAGGUCGGAUAGUUUUUUAUCUUUGUAAUCGGACAUCUUUUUCCUUUUUCUUUUCCCACCUCCAGACAUGUGUUGCUCCUACAUACAUGAGCUUUUUGUGUGUGCUUUUAUCCAAAUCUCCAGUGGUGUACAUCUAUCUAUAUACAGCAAAUAAAGAGAACAUGUGAGUUUUAUAUUUUCAUCCUAAAAAAAACCAAA